CCUUGGCCCAGGGAGGAUGGUGCACACAUGGGUGGCUGCUUCUGCAUCCCUUGGGAGCCGAGUCUGUCCUGGGGGCCAGGUAAAGAAACUUCUUGCAAGGAUCCAACCAUAUCCAGUGAGAUUAUAUCCUCAUCUGAAAACAAGGAAAAAUGUUUCCUGCCACAGAAUAUGACUCCAGAUCUGAUGCUCUCCUUCAGUGUGAAGAGCCGCUCCAGGAGGUGUGUAAAUGGCCCCUUACAAGAAGCAGCCAGGAGGCGGCUCUGGGCGCUGGAGAAUGAGGACCAGGAGGUGCGUGCAUUGUUUAAGGAUCUCUCAGCUAGGUUGGUGUGUAUCCAGUCCCAGAAGGCCCAGUUCCUCAUUACCUUCAAGACCAUGGAGGAAAUCUGGAAGUUCUCCACCUACCUGAACUUAGGCUACGUAUCCAUGUGUCUGGAGCAUCUCCUCUUUGACCACAAGUACUGGCUUAACUACCGACUGGUGGAGGAUACAGAGAUCCAUGUGUCAGUAGAUGAUAAACACCUGGAAACAAUAUACCUGGGACUUCUGAUCCAGGAAGAGCUUUUCUCAUUCUCUGCAGGUCACUUCUUCUGCAGAGCCACGUGCUCCGUGGCUCAGCCAGCUGAGAAGGAAGGGGAGUAUUUGACACUUUGCAAGAAUGAGUUAAUCUCGGUGAAGACAGCUGAAGGCGAGUUCGAGUGGGAAGGCGUGUCCUUGGUGACGGGUCAGCGGGGCUUGGUGCCGGUGUCAGCCUUGGAACCCCUGCCUCUCCCGUUCCACCAAUGGUUCCUAAAGAAUUAUCCAGGAAGCUGUGGCCUUUCCAGGAAGAGGGAUUGGACAGGCUCCUAUCAGAUCGGCAGAGGAAAAUGUAAGGCCUGGCAAGAAUAUGAGAGGGAAGAAAAGGAUGAACUGAAUUUCCGCCAGGGAGAAAGCAUUGAGAUCAUCGGCUUUGUCAUUCCUGGGCUUCAGUGGUUCAUUGGGAAGUCAGCGCUCUCAGGAGAAGUGGGCUUUGUCCCCACCAGGAACAUAGAUCCUGAUUCUUAUUCCACAAUGAGCAAGAACUCCAUCUUUUUCAGUGAUGAGGAAAGAUGCUCUCUGGGGGUCCCGGGAAGUGACAGGAAAGCUGAGUGUGCCAGCUUCCUCCACACGCUUGCUCAGACGGACAUAACAUCUGUCUACCGGCUUAGUGGGUUUGAAUCCAUCCAGAGUCUUCCAAACGAUCUGAGCGCGUCCCAGCCCGAAGGCUUCAAGGAGACCCGGCCUGGUGGUGCCUGGGAGGAGCAUCAGGCUGUGGGCUCCAGACAAUCCAGCAGCUCCGAGGACUCCAGCCUGGAGGAGGAGCUCCUUUCAGCCGCCUCAGACACCUAUCACCUGCCAGAGCCUGAUGACCUCGAUGACCCGGAACUGCUCAUGGACCUGAACACCGGUCAGGAGGAGGAAGAGGCUGAGAACUUCACCCCCAUAUUGGCUUUUCUGGAUCACGAGGGUUAUGCUGACCACUUUCAGAGCCUCUAUGAUUUUUCCUUCUCUUUCCUCACAACUUCCUUCUACAGCUACUCUGAGGAGGAUGAGCUCGUGGCCUACCUGGAGGCCUCGAGGAAGUGGGCCAAGCGAAACCACAUGACCUGGGCCCAUGCCCGGCUCUGCUUCCUCCUGGGCCGGCUAAGCGUUAGGAAGGUCAAACUCUCUCAGGCCAGGGUGUACUUUGAGGAGGCCAUCCACAUUCUCAACGGGGCAUUUAAGGACCUAUCCUUGGUGGCUGCCCUGUACAUCAAUUUGGCGGCCAUCUACCUGAGGCAGAGGCUGAGGCAUAAAGCCUCGGGCCUGUUGGAAAAGGCAGGUGCCAUGUUGGUCUGCCUGCCUGACCGGGAGUAUAGUGCCAAGAGUGAGCUAGAUGUGGUGGCCUAUGUGCUGAGACAGGGCAUUGUGUCGGGCAGCUGCCCCCUGGAGGCCAGAGCCUGCUUCCUGGCCAUCCGAUUGCUCCUAAGCCUCGGCCGGCAUGAUGAGGUCCUGCCCUUUGCUGAGCGCCUGCAGCUCCUUUCUGGACACCCUCCCACCUCGGAUGCUGCAGCCACUAUCUUGAGUUUUCUCUAUGACAAGAAAUAUCUGCCACACCUUGCGGUGGCUUCUGUCCGGCAACGUGGUACUCAGAGCACCCAAGGGAUGGCCCUUCCAAUUUGGCAGGUCCACCUGGUCCUCCAGAACACCACCAAGCUCCUUGGCAUCCCCUCCCCAAGCUGGGGUGAAGUUUCUGCCCUGGCGUGCCCAGCACUCAGGCAGGCACUGGCUGCCUGUGAGGAGCAGGUGGAUCAGAGCACCCAGAGGACCCUGUGUCUCAUCCUGUCCAAAGUGUACCUUCAGCAUAGGUCUCCUGAUGGUGCCAUCCACUACCUGAGCCAAGCCUUGAUGCUAGGCCAGCUGCUGAGUGAGCAGGAAGCUUUUGAGUCUUCCCUCUGCUUGGCAUGGACCUAUCUCUUAGCCAGCCAGGCAAAGAAGGCUUUGGACAUCCUCGAGCCACUCUUAUACUCCCUGAAGGAGACAGAGAGUGUUACCCAAAAGGGAGUGGUCCAUAACCUCCUGGGACUCGCACUUCAAGGUGAAGGCCGGGUGAACAGGGCAGCCAACAGCUAUCUUCGGGCCUUGAAAAGAGCUCAGGAGGCAAGGGAUGUGCGCAACCAGGCGGUGGCUUUGGCCAAUCUUGGCCAUCUGACCCUUAAAUCCUGGACUCAGCAGCCAGCCAGGGACUAUCUUCUGCAGGCUGUGCAACUCUAUUCUAAACUCCAGGCCAGCAUGGAGACAGACAUGGAACUAGUACAGGUUCUUCUCUGGUUGGCCCAAGUUGAGGUGUAUCAACGCCAGCUGGCCAGUGGCCGCUUUUGUUACGAAAUGGCAUUGCUGUUUGGAUUAAGGCAUCAACACCUGAAGAGUCAGCUUCAGGUCACCCGAUCCCUCUGCCAUUUCUACAGCUCUGUGUCCCCGAGCCCCGAAGCAUGUAUCACCUACCACGAGCACUGGCUGGCCCUGGCUCAGCAACUCAGGGACCGGGAGAUGGAGGGGAGGCUGCUGGAGUCCCUUGGGCACCUCUAUCGGAACCUAAAUACGGCCAGGUCCCUUAGGAGGUCCCUCACCUGCAUCAAGGAGAGCCUGCGUAUCUUCGUUGACCUGGGGGAGAGAGACAAGGCUGCUGAGGCCUGGCUUGGGGCUGGGCGACUCCACUACCUCAUGCAGGAAGAUGAGCUGGUGGAGCUGUACCUGCAGGCAGCCAUCCAGAAAGCCCUGAAGUCAGAGGAGCCCUCCCUGGCUCUCAGGCUCUACGAGGAAGCAGGUGAUGUGUUCUUCAAUGGGACCCGCCACAGGCAUCGUGCGGUGGAGUAUUACCGAGCUGGGGCUGUUCCCUUAGCAAGGAGGAUGAAGGCAGUGAGAACCGAGCUCCGGAUUUUCAACAAGCUGACAGAGCUGCAGAUCAGCCUGGAAGGCUAUGAGAAGGCUUUGGAAUUUGCCACCUUGGCAGCCAGACUCAGCACAGUCGCAGGAGAUCAGAGGCAGGAGCUGGUGGCCUUCCACCGUCUGGCGACUGUGUACUAUUCCCUGCACAUGUACGAGAUGGCUGAAGACUGCUACCUGAAGACUCUGUCGCUCUGUCCACCCUGGUUGCAGAGCCCCAAGGAGGCCUUAUACUAUGCCAAGGUGUAUUAUCGCCUGGGCCAACUCACCUUCUACCAGCUGAAGGAUGCCCACGAUGCCACUGAAUACUUCUGGCUGGCCCUGGCUGCAGCAGUCCUGCUGGGUGACGAGGAGCUGCAGGACAUCAUUAGGACCAGGCUGGACAACAUCCGCCAGAGCCCCCUCUGGCAUAGCAGCCCCUCUGGGCUCUCCUCAGAAAGGGCGCGGUGGCUGAGUGGCGGGGGCCUGGCCCUCUGA